UUUUGUUGUUACGCAUGGGCUGCCUUGGGACACCGUGGACAGUUUGUUGCGUCUAAUCGAGGCAUUGUUUGGGUUUGAAGGUGACAUGCUGCCUCGAAGCAAGUACCUACUGCGGAAAUUGUGGAAUCCAACCGUGCAUACGGCCGUGACUCGCCAUUAUUACUGUAAUAUUUGCGGGAGUCAACUGGAGGAGCUACGAUCAGAUACAGUGCGCUGUGAAGCGUGCCAAGCAGACAUGAAAGUCUCGCUAUUGAAUGAUGCAGGCUGCUUUUUCAGCAUCUUGAACAUCAAACAGCAACUUGGUCAGACGAUUGCCAAGUGCAAGGACGUUCUGUUCAGUCAAAUGGAAAAAAUUGAGCAAGGACUACAAAGCGAAUCGGUGAGUGACAUCACCAGUGGUGCUCUUUACAAGAGUCUUAGGCAGAGUGGCAAGAUAAACCACAAGGACUUUACGCUCACGUUCAACACUGACGGAAGCCCUGUUUACAAAUCGUCGAAAGCAUCAGUAUGGCCCAUCCAGUUCACUAUAAAUGAACUUCCGCCAGUAGUGCGCCGCCAAACCCCAGUUUUGGCUGGAUUGUGGUUCGGCCACAAACAUCCGGACAUGAUGGUCUUUAUGGAGAAAUUUGUGGAGGCAUUGCAGGCUGUUGGAAUUGUUGGGUGGCAGUAUGGAACGGAAACUGUGAGAUCAAAAGUUCAUGCCAUCUGCUGUUCAGUUGAUGUGCCAGCCCGUGCAGCAGUGACAAACCAGACGCAGUUUAAUGGAAGAUUUGGCUGCUGCUGGUGCCUGACCUGUGCAGAACACAUUGAAGGUGCUCCUCGGUACAUCCAGACUGACUUUGUACUGAGAACGGAAGAAGGUGUCCUGAGAGACAUGAAGCUUGCCCUUGAGCUCAAUAUGCCAGUGAAUGGCAUCAAGGGGCCAUCGCCAUUGAUAAACCUUGAUUUCUUCAAUCCAGUGCUGAGCCAGGCAGUUGACUACAUGCACUGUGUGCUGCUUGGAGUGGCACGGCAGCUUACUGAGUUUUGGCUGGACAGUGCAAACUCCCAGGAGCCGUUCUACAUUGGCGCUCCUUCAACUCUAGCCAAGCUGGACAAACGUCUCCUGAGUAUCUGCCCACCCCACUGUUUCACACGGCUACCAAGGUCCUUGGCAGACAGGUGCUUCUGGAAGGCGAGCGAGUGGAAGAACUGGCUGCUCUACUACUCUCUGCCAACAGUACUUGGAGUGCUGCCACCGCGGUUCUGGAGGCACGUGUCAAUGCUGGCGGAAGCCAUUUUCACUCUGCUCAAGAGUGAAAUUUCACCAACUGAUCUUCAGCGAGCAGGUCACCUGCUUCAGUCGUUUGUGUCAAGAGCUGCAAGCCUCUAUGGGACUCGCUUCAUGACCUUCAAUGUCCACCAGUUACGCCAUCUGACGUCGAGCGUGGAGCAUCUGGGUCCCCUUUGGGCCAACUCGGCAUUUCCCUUUGAAACAGGGAAUGGGAAGCUGACCAAGAUGGUAAAGGCGGCAAAAGGAGCUCCAACACAAAUACUGGAGAGAGUCGCUCUGGAAGGAGAGCUGGAACUUGCCCUGCAUUUGCUUUCUCUGCCGCAUGAUGUCACGAAGUUCUGCGAAAGACUGCUUGGCAGAGUUCCUAUUAAGAAAGCAACUAGAGUUGAUAAUGUAUGCUUAUUUGGAGCGCCGGUUACAGCAACAUUGUCCACGCAGGAAAUGCAAUCUGUGCAGAAUUUCUUGGACACAUGUGCUGUAAUUAAGGAAUACUUAAGAAUGAGCUUUGAAGGGACAGUUAUACACAGCCAGCAGUAUAGAAAGGCAAAGAAAAGUGACUGUUCUGUAGUCGCAGGCCACGAUGGCAAUUUUUUUAUGGUUUCCCAUAUAUUGCAUGUGCUUGAUGGCGUUCCUGGCGUGGUUCUGUUGCUAUGCCAGAAACUAGGAAUUGAUGAGAAUGCUGAUGGUUUUCCUCCUCAUAUCAAAGAGUGUUUUUUGUCACCUGUUGACACUUGUGUUGUUUUAAAGCCUGCCAAUGUUGCAAUGCCAGCUUUGUUUAUAGACUUUGAGGCUGAAAGCAAGCAGUAUGUGUGUGCGUUGCCCAACAUUGUAGAACGGGAUUGAACUGAACUGCUGAACUGAACUGCAAAAACAAAAGUCUGCAUUACUGUAUUUACGCAAUCUAACUUGCACCUUUUUUCGGAGAAAAUGGGUUCAAAUAUAACCUGCACAUUACCCUGAUAUGAUACCAAAACUG